AUAAGAUGGAUUGGAUAAGGGACUCGCGCGUUCACCCAACCAGCGCUGCUCCGCCAUGAUCGUCGCUUCCGUCGUGCCCUCUCCGCUGGCCGGCCCUGCACCCGCCAGGCCGCUCCGCCGCACGCGUCUCCUUCCACCCUGCGACCUGCCGGCCGGCCGAUGCCGCGGCGGCGCACGGCGCCCGCAGCACAUGCACAUCUCGUUCGCGGCCGGAGGAGGCCCAGCGGGUGACGCUUAUGUCGUAGAAGGCGCGACGAACGUGAAGUUCUCCAGGGAGCUGACUGUUCCGGGCCACGCAGAGCCUCUCAUCAUCCUCGGCACAGGUUACAGAGACAAGUUCUUCGUCAAGGUAUACGCCGCGGCAUUCUACGUCGACAUCUCCAUCGGGCUAGACACCGAGCAAUGGAGGAGAAAGGUUGGCCUCGACACUUUCGAUGCGUCCUCGGGUUUCGACUCCAUUUUUAAAGCACCGGUUGUGAAAUCUCUGAGCAUAACUCUGGUUAGAGACGUUGAUGGCAAGACCUUUGUCAAGGCUUUGGAUGCCGUUAUUGCUCGCCGGAUCCAGAAACCGACCGCUGAGGAAGAAUCUUCACUGUCGACCUUCCGGAAUAGCUUUCUGGGGCGCAAUCUCAAACAGGGGACACGCAUCUAUUUAACUUGGUUGGAACCCUCAAGAAUGCUGGUCUCGGUUUCGACGGACCAAUGUCCAUCCCAAAUCGACGCUGAGGUCAAAUCAGCCACUGUCAGUUAUGCUCUGUAUGAUGGCUUCUUCGGUAGCUCUCCCGUAUCCCCCACUUUGAGAUCUUCCACUGCUCAGCUGCUAGAAGCUAUCCUUACAGAGUGACGUGCAGAGCAGGAUCAUGUAUGGUCCCUCAAGAUUGCAGAGUGGUGAAUAAAUACUAUAGCGGUUUUCUUGGAUAAUUGCAUCUCAUAUAUUCGGAAGUGGUGGUGCAUAUCUGUGUUACACUUCGGGGAUUUGUUUUUUUUUUUUUACUAGGGGGAUGUCUCAUGUAACUCAAAUUAAUACAUUUGAAAUAUGAGUAUCCGUACCAUGUCAUGUGUUUCUAA